GGAGUUGUAGCAGACAUGCCCGCAUCACAGUCUGGAUUUGGGAACUUCUUCAUGGAGCGGAGCCUCGGGGUAGCACCAGGAUAUCAGAUCCCGGUUCUGGGCUGCCCUCCCGGACAGCAACAGCAUCACCUAGCGGCCAUGGCUGCCGGCAUACCCAUCACUUACCCGGGAAUACAGGGCUACAAUUUCAUCCCGUACCCGCACCACAGACAAGUCGCGCACAUGAACAACUCUUUUGACCUGAAGGCAGCUUCUCCGUACCACCACGCACUCCUGGCCCGCACCGGAGCGUACUACUCGCCCUACAGGCCCGGCUCUGCCGAGGAUCCCAGUCGGGUGGCCAAAGUGGCUACCCGGGAGAGCACCGGGGCCCUGAAGGCCUGGCUCAACGAGCACCUGAAGAACCCUUACCCGACCAAGGGUGAGAAGAUCAUGCUGGCCAUCAUCACCAAGAUGAGCCUCACCCAGGUCUCCACUUGGUUUGCCAACGCUCGCCGCCGCCUGAAGAAGGAGAACCGGGUCAGCUGGGCCUGCAAGGGCAAGUCAGACAACGAAGAGGAGGAAGAUGAGGAGGAGGAGGAGAGCGACGACGAGGAGAUUUCCGCUCAGAAGUGUCAUCUGGAUGAGAGCGUGGAGCAAGAAGUGCACGAGGAGACUGUGCAAGAUGAUGUGGGAGCACGACUGGACGCCCAGGAGCAGCAGGACAGUGACAAGAAACCAGAUGAAGAGGUGGCCCAGGAACAGAGGGACUCUAAUCACACCGUCGAGAGCAAAGACAACUGCCAGAAACCCAAAAUCUGGUCCUUAGCUGAGACGGCGACCUCAGAGCCCGUGAGGAAACCAGUGGACAAUAUUUACCAGUCAGCUGGGAGGCUGUGGGCGGACUGGGCAGCCAGGAGUGGGCUGCUGGUCCAGGGGUGCUACACCGCUCCAGAACUGCUAUGAACUCCGCCAUGUUUCUUUAUUUAUUUGCACUUUAAUCUGACAGACUUGAAAGAUCAGAGUCUACAGGAACUUGAAACUGACCAAAGAUGUUUGCUUUUUUUUUGUAAAUAAAUGUGAAAAGUAUUUUUUUUCCAACAAACCUGUAAAUUAAACCUUCUUUCACCUAACCGUGAAGGAAUAUUUUUGUUUAAAUAAAACAGAACAAAACAUG